GCAUUUCUGUGCCAAUAACUCCGCCAUUUUAUGUAUCGGCAUUGAACUAAAUUUUUUUAAUUCAAAAGUGUUAUCUUAGUGUAUCGCGAGCAUUUAACAUUGAAUCAUGCAAGCUAUAAAGUGUGUCGUUGUCGGAGAUGGUGCCGUUGGAAAGACAUGCUUAUUGAUCAGUUACACAACGAAUGCUUUUCCUGGAGAAUACAUUCCGACGGUAUUCGAUAACUAUUCCGCAAACGUUAUGGUUGAUGGAAAGCCUAUAAACUUAGGUUUGUGGGAUACAGCCGGCCAAGAAGAUUACGACCGAUUGCGACCUUUGUCUUAUCCUCAGACUGAUGUCUUCCUUAUAUGCUUCUCCUUAAUCAGUCCAGCUUCCUUCGAAAAUGUUAGAGCUAAGUGGUACCCAGAAGUUUCCCAUCACUGUCCACAUACUCCAAUUAUUCUUGUUGGUACUAAAUUAGAUUUAAGAGAAGACAGAGAAACAAUCGACAAACUAAGAGAAAGACGAUUGUCACCAAUCUCCUAUCCACAAGGCCUGGCCAUGGCUAAAGAAAUAAGGGCAGUUAAGUACUUAGAAUGUUCUGCAUUAACCCAAAAAGGAUUGAAAAAUGUGUUUGAUGAGGCGAUAAGAGCUGUGCUUUGUCCAAUUCCGAAGGUAAAACCGAAAAAACCGUGUCUUUUACUCUAA